GGCGGAGCCGAGCGGGCAGCGUUUCCUGAGCGCCACCGUGGCUCGGGGCAGUGGAGAGAUAACAUCAUUUCACAACAUGCAGCAAUUUUUGUUGGAGGCAUCUAAUCUCCUCGGCUGUGCGUCAAUUCCAGCUUGAAUGCAUUCAUUAUCCAGAUUCUACUUAGAACAACUGUGGCUCAGUGGCAGAACAUCUUCUUGGCAUGCAGAAAGUCCCAGGUUCAAUCCCCAGCAUUCCAGACUACAGCAGGACCUGUCAUCGGUACAAAGACUUGAGAAGCACAAAUUGUGGAAGAGGGCUUUUUGAGAGAGCCUUGCUGCCUAAAACUGCUUGGUGCUUGAACCCAGCAUCUGAGGCCUGGCCUGAGUGUCCAGGGAGACCUUCAAGACGUCCCUAGUCAUUCUGGGCAGGAAUGGUUUCCCUCCUGUUGAAACCAGCAUCCCUCAGGCAUCUUGGCAGUACUCACUCGCUCCCACAGCGCACCCUGGACUCUUCCUGCAGUUUUAUCGGCUCCCUAUUCUACCCAUGCCUUGUCGAUGUGGAGUUUCAGCGGCAGAGGAAGUAGGGUCUCCUACUUCUCUCAGGCCCGUCCCUACAGAUCCUUGGAGGGCUGUGUGGAAGACCCACAGUGAGACACCAAAUCAGUGCAGGGACUUUUGCCAUGUCUGCCUCCUGAGAUGCCAGGCCGUGGGGUAAAAUGGAAGCUGCCAAUGCCAAAUCCUUCUUCUGGGAGGCUUUCCCCCCACUGCCCACUUGUCGCGUGUACUGCAGUCCAACCUAUCAGGAUGGGCACCUCUUUGUGGUGGGGGGCUGCAGCCAGCAGGCUCUUCCCCUGGACAGUGUGGAAAUGCUGGAUGUCGUUUCCCGGAAGUGGCUGGCAUUGCCUCCUAUGCCUACCCCUCGGGCAGGAGCUGCGGCAACGAUGCUGGGCAAACAGCUGCUGGUGAUUGGAGGGGUGGACUCCAUGCAGAGCCCCCUGGCAUCAGUUGAAGUCUACAACAUGGAUGAAGGCAAGUGGGAGAAGAAAGCGGACCUUGCACAGGCUUCUAUGGGCAUCUCUGCUGUUGAGAAAGAUGGUGCUCUUUACGCCUUAGGUGGGAUGGGCGCAGACACGUCUCCUCAAGCAUUGGUGAGGCUGUAUGAGCCAACAAAGGAUCUUUGGCUACCCCUGCCCUCUAUGCCCACACCCUGCUAUGGAGCCUCCACUUUCUUGCAUGGAAACAAGAUCUAUGUGAUGGGAGGAAGGCAAGGGAAGCUGCCCGUCACGGCCUUGGAAGCCUUUGAUCUGGAAGUGAGGAGCUGGACACGCUACCCCAGCGUGCCCAGCCGGCGUGCCUUUGCCAGCUGUGCCAUGGUUGAUGGCUGUUUCUUCAGCCUCGGAGGACUGCAGCAGCCCGGCCCCCAUAACUUCUAUUCCCGGCCCCACUUUGUCAACACUGUGGAAAUGUUUGACUUGGAGCAGGGGUCCUGGAGUCGGCUGAGCCGGGCCACCCGCAUGAGGGACAAGAGGGCUGACUUUGUGGCUGGCUCCCUGGGUGGGCGUGUGGUGGCAGCUGGCGGCCUUGGGAACCAGUCAAGUCCUCUGGGCUCCGUGGAAGGGUUUAACUUGGCAAAGAAGAAAUGGGAACCACUGCCCUCCAUGCCUACUGGCCGCUGUUCCUGCUCUCAUUUGCAAGCUGCCAACCUGCUGUUUGUGAUUGGAGGGGUGGCUCAGGGCCCCAGCAGCGCAGUGGAGGCUCUGUGCCUCCGGGAUGGGGUCUGAGUGACACUACCUGGUGGAAGGGCUCCCGUCGACAGAAGCCAAGAGGACUGAAGUGCCUGACGACAGUGACAGGAUGUCCAUCCGAAGGAGCGGGGAGAAGAGCACGUGCCUCGUCGAGGAUGUGGCAACCCCGCAACAGUGACCUUUUCCUUUCACUGUUUUCCAAAUAACUGAUUUCAUCUUUUGAAAAGCAUAGAGCAGCUCAGAGACUGGCGCAGUCUGUUCUGCUGGCAGGGCAGGGGUCAGACUGCAAAUAGCUGUUCUUGCCCGCUGGAGCAAGGUGAACUCAACAGAGCUGACUCGUAAGUUGGCACCAGCAGAUGACCUUGCUGCCCAGCCAUGGUUUCUUCGCUGUACAUGACCGCUUGACUCCCAAAUAGGGCCAAGUGGAUGUGUUGAGAAUACGGGCAGAGCUGUGCUCUCAGGUUAGAAGUGGCAGUGUAAUUUCAUCACCCAGCUCACAAUUCAACUCCUGUCUCUUCAUUAUCUCCUUUUCAAUUGAAUUCUAGAUUGUACGCUCUUCAGGGCAUGAUCUCUUCUCCCCCCCCUCCCCCUAUUCUGUAAAGUGCCAUUUACAUUGAUGGUGCUAUAUUCACAUCAACUAACAUUAAAUGCACCAUUAUAAAGAUGCCAGCACAGGGUUAAGUGACAACCUGACAAGUUGGAGUUGAGCAUGGGAGAUGGUAAACACAUGACCCUGUACGACCCUCUGCCCAUGUUCUCACCAUGCCCAUUAGGCUAUGUGAAUUGGUCCUUGGGUACAAAAGGGCAGUGGGAUUUCCUCAGCUGGCCCUGGGGAAGUGUGUGACCAGAAGAGUCAUUCAAACAGAGCAGGUACUCCAGUGUUACUGCUUUCAGCUGUCCUUACUAGCAUUUUUAUGUUUGUCUCUUAUGCUGCACAGUUGAGUUGACUCUAGGAAGGCUGGGUGUAGCCAUGGCGCCUUGUGGUGUUUUUCCUAACCUGGUCUGUGUCUCAUGUAGCACGUAAGGUGCCCUCUAGCUCAGUGCCUAGGAGGUGAUGUAGCACCUCGUCUCAAUAAAACUGGUG